AAUAGAAAACUUGAUUUUACUGUUUCUAAAAUUUCUAUACAAUUCUAAAACAUUUCUUAACGAGAAACGACAAACAAAUUAUAGAACUCCUCAUUUUUUAAACAUAUAUAGGAUUAGGUGGUGGGUAGUUUUGUUAAUCAACCUUUUUUUCUCUACGUUUUGUUAAGAUUAGCAUAGUACUUAAAUUAUGUCCAAAUGACCAAAUCCAGAAGACUCUUGUUAAACAUAUUUUUGAGUUCAAACUCUUGUUCUCCAGCCUUGUAAAACAGCUGUUGAAUGAUUCCACCGGCAAUGGCCAGCAUCAAAACCAUAGCUGAAACACUCAACUUUGCCUCCAUUCCUUCCUCUUGCAUCUUCUCCGGCGACGGUGGCGCUGUCGAUGCAGCUCCACAAGGUGUUGGAGAUUCGAUCCCCACCAUUGAUUUCUCUCUUCUCACCACGGGUACUCCCGAUCAACGAGCCAAAGUCGUGGAUCAGCUCGGCAAGGCAUGCCAGGACUGGGGUUUCUUCAUGAGACAAUUGGUGAGACUUGACCAGGCAAACGGAAUCGAAGCUCUUAAAAUUAUAGAGGCCCAGUUGAAAACAAGCUCAUGACAAAACUAAGUACUUAAAAACUACUGUUUCUUUCUCAAAAGAAACCCAUUUGCAAUAGGUGAUGAAUCAUGGAGUGGAGGAGAGGAUGAUGAAGGAGAUGAUGGAUAUUUGUAGAGAGUUUUUUGAUCUAACAGAGGAAGAAAAGACAGAGUACAAAAACAGAGAAUGUUCUUGACCCCAUCAAAUAUGGCACCAGCAUCAAUCCUCAGAAAAAGAAGGUGUUGUUCUGGAGGGAUUACUUGAAAAUCUUUCUUCAUCCCAACUUCCAUUCCCCAACUAAACCUCCCAGAUUCAGGUGAUGCUGAAACGAUCUCAAUAUUCUUUGUUUGUUCAUAUCCAUGAGGUUCUAUCUCAAAAUCAAUCGGUUAAGAUCGUGACUCUCUCUUGAUUCAUCAAUCUUGAUCGAAUCUCAUUUUUCACUAGAUACUCAUUAUUAGUAAUGAGAGGAAUAGUUCAUGUCUAUUAUACACUUUUAUUAUAGGUUCCUUAUUUUUUUAAUGGGGGAUUCUUAACCGUUUAAUCUGUAACAUGUAAAUCUAAAAUAUUGGUUGGUUGCAAAGAGAUGUUGGAAGAAUACUGCAAAACAACCAUUGAAAUUGCGAGAGAAUUGGUGGGAGGAAUCUCAGAGAGCCUGGGGUUGGAAACCUGUAAUCUAGAGAGAGCAGUGGAUUUUGAAUCGUGCUCAGUUUUGUUUGCAGCAAACUUUUAUCCGCCAUGUCCACAGCCAGAGCUUGCAAUGGGUUUGCCAUCUCACUCUGAUCAUUGCCUUCUCACCCUUCU